UGUUAUUUCAUUAAGGGUGUAAAAUAUUUGCUUUGAUGACAUUUACAUUUUUUCCUGUAUCUUUCCCAUUUAAAUGUAUUUUUUAUGUAUUAUUGAUUACUAAACCUUUGAGAGGGCCACACACAGUAUAUCUCUGUGUUAUCAUUCGUCUUAAGUUUUCACACCACUUCUUUUCUAUUUUUCUUUGAUUUAAACUCCAGGAUGCUUCGGGCGACACUCAGUGGGUCCCUGAACUUUCAGUGUGGUGCCUUCACUGUCCUGGUGGUCCUGAUACACUCAUGUAGAGGUCAGCAUCAUGUGAUUGGUCCGUCUCAGCCAAUACUGGCAACAGUUGGUGAGGACAUCAUUCUGCCGGCUUACCUGGAACCUGCCACUAAUGCUAAGACAAUCGAGUGGACGAGACCUGACCUGAGCCCUAGAUAUGUUCAUGUGCAGCGUCAAGGUGUUAAACUGACAGAUAACCAUCCAUCUUACGAGGGAAGAACAUCGCUGCUCGGAAACAUUUCACUGAAACUCUCCAGAGUGAGAAUAUCUGAUGAGGGACCAUACAGAUGCUUCCUUCCAGAAAUGAAGAUAAGCUGUAUCAUUCAGCUUGUUGUAGGUGCUGCCUCCUCACCUGAUGUCCAGAUGACCGUGGUUCUACAGUGUAACUCUACAGGCUGGUAUCCAGAACCUGAGGUGUUCUGGCUGGACGGUGAGGGAAACCUCCUCUCUGCUGGACCUACAGAGACAGUCAGAGGUCCUGAUGACCUCUAUACUGUCAGCAGCAGAGUGACUGUGGAGAAGAGACACAGCAACAGCUUCACCUGUAGAGUCCAACAGAACCACAUCAACCAGAUCAGAGAGGCACACAUACAUGUUCCAGACCUGUCUGGUUCUAGUUCACCUCUUCCUGUCAUCAUUGGUUUGAUUCUCGGCAUCGUGUUUGUUCUUGCAGUUCAAGCAGCCAUUUUUGGUGUGUGGAAAUGGAGACAAAACAGAACCAGGAGCAACACUAGAGGUGCUGAAAAUGAAGGACCAGAGGCUGAGUAUGAAGUCAGAGAAGAAUCAACAGAUCUAGUCAUCAUUGCAGGAGAGACAGAACAUGGGACAGAGACUGAACUAAUUAAUAAAGCAAGAGAGGCUCCGAAGCCAACAGACAGUGAUCAGAAGAACAAAGAAGAUGAGAGUGAAUCUGUAAUUGACGUCACAGAGAAGCUGAUGGAAGGGGAGACUGAAGAUAAUCUGCAGAAAGAAGGAGGAGAGCAAGAGAGCGAGGGAGGGUGUAGAAUAUCAUAACCAAAGUAGAUUCUAUAUUAGUUUGCAUGGCAGUCUUAUUAUUUUUUCAGAGUAACUAAAAACUAAACCUAAUGGGGUAUACCAACAGGGGGACCCAACGUCAAAAGUAAGAAUGAGGUCAGAGUAACUGAUUCCUAAUAAGGGCAUAGAUCCUAACUACCAGAGAGAACCCUAAGGAAAGAUAGUGGUGUGUUAGAUAGCUGAGAUUCCAAAACUAAAAGGCGACAGUGAACUGACUGACCACUGGGACUGGAAGAGGACGAUGUGGGCCACACCUGUCUUUGUGUUUAAGAGAGAGCUCCUUGUAUUCCACGUUGGAUCAUGCUCAUCGAUUUUGUCUGUGAAAGAUCAUGUUUUUUUUUCUACUCUAAGACCCUCAGCCCUGAAGACGGAUUCUUGGUGAUUUUUGAACAACUGAAAACCUUUUUGAACUACCAGCUAACGAGGAGCCGGUACACGACAACUGACUGAGAGGACGAUGAGGUCAGUGAACAGAGAGGAAGAAGAUCAGAAACUUCUUUCUGAUCCGAACAGGAGGAAGGAAGAGCUUCAGGAAGAGCUGAAGCAGAGAGAGAUAAUACUGUUGAGCUCUUUUAUGCUCUCUCUAUAAUGUCACGUGUUAAAACUGUACUUUCUCAAGUUAUUUCAUGUUAUAUUCCAUCCCAGUGUGUGUGUGUAUGUGAAUGACUAUACCUUUUAACUAUACUAAUUCUCUGUACUCUCUCAGAGCUGCUGUACAUUACAUGAUAUAUGUUACCAGUUUACCUGUGUGAUUACUCUUUAUGGCCUGUUGGGCCUCUCUACUGUGCAUUGUAUCAUGAUGAAGACAGUAACAAUAAAUCAUUUUGGACAUGA